AUUUUGGUGAAAUCAAAAUUAAAAACUAUCAUUUUAUGUUCUAAAUGAUUUAAAAAUUCUUAAUAAAAGCAUAUACAUCUCAAAUUAACAGAUUACUUUAGAAUGUCCUUUUGGCAACCUUUGACAAGAUUUUUUACCGCAAUAAACUGUUAAUCUGUUAAUGUAGAAUAUUAUUACAGAGCAUGCGUAUUAAAAACAAACACAAUGAAAGACUUAAAUAACAGUGAUAUACCAGAAUCUCUUUCUGUGUUGAGAGAAAUAAAAAAGGCAAGCGGUGAAUGUCUUCAACAUGUACGUAGCCUUAUCUCUAAGGUUAAAAAUACGCCCCAGAAAUUGCGGUCUCAGGUUAGUAUAUUAUAAAAAUGUUGUCCACUGAACUGGUCCGGACCUACUCAGCCCAUUCUUCAUUAUUUGUCAUUACUUCAUACUUCAUCUCCACUCUUCUUAGUCUCUUCUUGAUUCUUAGUCUCUUACUUAGUAAUCUUAGCAAUAUUACUUUAACUUUAUUAGGCCUUCUUAGUAUGCCAUAUUAAUCUAUAGUAUACCUUAUAAUAUAUUAUUACUAAGUUUUGAAGACUAGGGUAUAGUAAAGGGCAAAGGGAGGUAGUUUAUAAAAUGGGGACGCCUGCCACUUUUUUUAUCAAAUUUCAAGAAUGUAUCCCUAAAUCGAUCCCUAUGCCUAACCUGAACCCCAAAUCGAUCCCUAUGCCUAACCUGAACCCUAAAUCGAUCCCUAUGCCUAAUCUGAACCCUAAAUCGAUCCCUAAACCUAACCUAAACCCUAAUUCACUGCAACUAUAAUAAAGUUAAAGACACAAAAGACGCUGUGGCAGCCAUCCUCGGUUUUAACCGGGAGGUAAUUGGCUCCAUGGGGUAUUAAGCCCUAAUUGCUCAGUUCAUACAAUAAAAUGCUUGAUAUUAUUGUAAGAAGAGAGAAAGGUACUAAACUUUAGUUGACAGAAACUUACUAACCAAUCAGAGAACUUUUCACAAAGAUUCUUGGGUUUCUAACCUAUGGGAUUGAUUUUUAAUUUGCCUUUUUAGAUGAGUGCUUUCCCCCUCUAGUUUUCAGCCUUCUUCAAACCCUUUGUAAAACUUCAGCUAAGAGGGUGCUUGUUUAUUUUUACUCAAAAUUUUAUUUCUACAGUGAAAGUUUUUUAGUUUACAUACAAAAACAAGUACUUGUUGUACUUUUUUUUUAGUUUUAACUAUAUGUGUAUGUAAUGAAUGAGUUAAAAUACUGACUGAUAAUUGUAGAGCAAAUGAAGAUCGUCAUUUUUGCAAAGUAAAAUGGCAGUUGGAUGAAUGAUUUAGAGAUUGUUUAUAAAAAGCUUUAAAAUUCACUUUAAUACUAAAGCACCUUCUAAUAUUUUGAAUAGGAAGCAUUUAUAGUAAAAGAGAUAUGGUUCUGUAGAUUAUUUAUUUAAUAAUUAGUUUAUAAAAAUGAAUAUUUUAAAUAGCAGGGGCUUAACACCCCCAACUGUUAAAAGAUGAUUAAACAACCAAAUAAUAUUGAUUAGAUUAAUAAAAUCCAUGUUUUAAUUCAAAUAGCAUUAAACAGAUUAUGACAGAUAAAGUUUAAAUUGAAAACAAAAGUUAUUAAUUUGUAGAAAUAGGUUUAAAAAAAUUUUAAAUAUAGUUUUGAUAAUGAAAUCCCAGAAAAAUCUGAUAUUAAAGCCAUGGAAUGGAUCUGUCACAAUUGCCUACAAUCUAUGUGAAAAUAUAUGCAUUGAACAUGCUGGAGCUAAUUGCCCCCAUUUUGUUAAAUUUAAGUCAUAAUUAGUUUUAACUUUUAAACCUUUUUUUCACUAUAUAGCUUUAAAUUUUGCUCAUUAAAGCUUUUGUACUUCAAGAAAGAUGUGUGGUCUGUUAUUUAAAAAAAUUUUAAGUUUGAAUUUAAUAAUAUUAUAUUCAUUUAUUUCAAAGAGAAAAACAAAAAGUUCUUGAAAACAUGGUGCUUAAUGCCCUCCAUUACCCUACACUACACUAACUUAGUGACUAAGUUGCUGACGGUUGAGAAGAGGAGAGACUAAAUUAAGUACUGAAACUAGUUACACUAGUCACUAAUUCAGUAGUUAACUAGGCCUAUAAUUUAUUAUAUUUAUUAUGUAAUAAAAAGUUAUUUUAUUGCUUCAUAAUAUAAGCCCCUACAUUUUAUUACAAAAGUUCAACAGAUAAUCAUAGUAAUCUACCACUUCAGCGUCGGUGAUGAAAAAAAUUGUGUUGUUCUGGUUUGAUGUGCUAUUUAAUUUAAUUUAAACGGUUAUGUUGGCUAUUGUAUAAUUAAUAAGAUAAAUUUCCUUUUAUUGAUCCAAAUAGAUGGAUUUUUUUUUUUAUGACAUGACAUUUUACAUAUUCAUUUCAGUUUCAGCACGUAUAUAAAUAAUUCAAGACAACAUUUUUUUAAAUUUAAACAAUUAACUAUUUUUAUAAAUAAAAAUAGAGAUUAAGCAUAGUUCCCCCCCCCCCCCCCCGUCAAGGUAACAAUGACGUUUUUAAAAAUAUUAUCUCCACUUAAAUGGUUGUGGAACAUGAAUUUAUGAAAAUCGGAAGGUGAAAGAUCGUGACUUAUGCCAAACUGUCUUUUCUGCUUACCAUUUUCGCGCAUCUACAUGUUUUCAACAUUCUGUUUGUGGAAACAACGUCAUUUUUAUCAACAAAAAAUUUGUUGAUGGACCACAACUAAGUGUUCGUAUAUUAAUAUUUCAACUGAGUGUUCGUAUAUUAAUAUUUCAUGUCUGAUCUGGUUUAUGUUGUCAUAAGCUGUUUAUCUGUCUGAUACAAAUCAUGAGCCUCUAACUCUACGUAUAUAUCUCUCUGUGCACUCAUGUAAUGUGAUUGCAUGUUUGUCUGGCACUUCAAUGAGCAAACAGUGCCCACUCUCUCUUUUUAUGCCAUUGAAAGUCCAGUCAUCCUCUCUCCAUUGUACUAUUAUCAGUCAUGAAUAAAAGAAUAAGCAUUUAAAUAGCACUUCAAACUGGAAAAACAGGAUUUUUUCAUAACCGAUGCUCAAGUGGUUGAUAACCCAACAGUUUAACUCCAUUAACUAGAACAGUAAAUUUAUGCUGUCCACGCCACUAAUUUUUCUGUGCUUCGCACUUCUUUUUUUUUUACAUAGCUGCCAUCUUUCUAGCAAUAAUUGCAACAUAGAUGAUGGCCUCUUCAUGAAAAGUAGUGCAGAAACAUGGGGUCCAAACUGGGGAAGGGAAGGGAGAGAAUGUACUUUAGCCACUUACUGAGACACAUUAAAAUAAGGAAAAUGAUGAGAAUGUGUCAUUUUUUAAAUAAUGUUUUUUUAUGAAAUUUUUUUAUACUUGCAAGAAAAAAAGUUAAAAAUUAUAAAAUCAUGCUAAUUGAAUAAAAUAAUUGUAUGAAAUUUAUGUGUAGGAAAACCUUCAAACCUGAAACUCUACCUAAUCUGGACACUAAAUGACCCCAGCGCAAAAUCAGUGGCCCUAACUUAAGUGCAAAUCUUCAAACCUAAAAUCAGUCUCCCUAACUGAAAGUACAUCUUAAAAAAAACAUAAAAUCAAGUGUUCAUGUGCUCCAGUUACUCAUUGUAAUGAGAUAAUCUUUAAUUUUAAUCAAUAGAUAACAAUUAUAUUUAAAAUAUUCAAAAUAAUGAAACCCCAACAAACAGCUUCAUCGAAUACACUUUACAAAAUCUAUUAACCUCAUAUAUACUCACUUGAAAUAUUAAUUGAAAAAUGCAUUCCGUAGGUGUAUUAAUGUUAAAAUAGAGAAAAGUUAACUCUAGUAACUCUAGUUAUCUCCUUGAAUAAACAAAGUGAAGUCAUAUAAACUCAAGGUGGCACAUUAAGCAUAAAUUAGCCAUUCAACCUAGUUAGCUUAGUACUAUGGCAGCUGGUAGCCUAACACUUGGAAUUGUUUUUUUGUAAGUUAAGUCACCAUUUACAAUUUCCAUGCACUGUACAAUAGACUGAGUCAUAGUACGAUAGUACUGCACUAGAGUAGUGUACCUAUAAACUCACUGUGCUGAACUAAAAAAGUGAAUUGUGUCACUCACUCAUUGGUAGUGACAGUAAUAAAGAUUCUUCUAUAAAGUGGGUGAUGAGCCUAAAAACAAUUGGGAACCACUUAUGAUCCACUAACUAAAUUAAAUUAUAGACAGACACUACUCCAUCAAUAUAAAUUAAUUAAGUCUAAUGAUAAUUUUUUGUGAAGAAUUGCACUACUGAGUGCUUUGAGUAUGUUAAAUAAAUAAUUGACUCAAAUAUAAUAAUGUACCAUCUUUACUUUUAGGGCAUCAGUUUUCUUGAUGUUAAAAACCAGCUUAUGGUCAGUUAUAUGGCUAAUCUGGGAUUGCUGAUGGAUAAAAAAACCAGUGGCGAAAGUGUCAAGGAUGAUCCAAGCAUUGAUCGUCUCGUAGAAAUCAGAACAGUAAGUAAGAUAUUAAACUGUGCCUUGAAAGUCUAAAUGGAAUUAAUGACAUUUAUUGUACAGCAAUAUAAAUGGAGUUGCCUACCAUUUGAAUGGAAUACCAUUUGAUUUUUUAAUAGCUUUUUUUUUUUGUUGCAUUGUAAAGUAUGAUAUUUUAAUUCUCAGUGAUUUUUUAUUUAAACAGGUAUUGGAGAAGAUGCGACCAAUAGAGCACAAACUAAAAUAUCAAAUUAACAAAGUUGUGACAGCAUAUAAGGAAUGCAAAAUAGGUGAUGGUUUUCUGCUUAUAAUUUUGUUCAUUCAAAUAAAAUUAUCAUGUGCUUUUUUUGUUUGUUCUUGUUAUUUCAUUUUUGGACUCUUGGCCUUGGACUCAACAUUUAGAAGUAAUUAAUUUUUUAAACAUACACAAAAUAUAUUUUGUGAAAUUAUUUUGUUAAGAAAAAUACAUUUCUGCUACUAGAUCCAUCUGAUCCAAGAAAAUUCAAGGCAAAUUUUGCAGCCUUUACUAAUAUGGUAAGUAAUGAUAAAUAAAAUGGUUUGUUAUAGAAAAUAAAUACAUUCUUUCAAUUGAAAAUGUCAUGGGAAUAAACGUACUUGAAUAGUUUUCAUAUAAAGCACCUAAAAAUCUUAGAUCUGGAUUGAAUGUGAGUCUACACCAUAUUUGUCAGAUUUGACAUUUUACAACCAGUAUUACAAGAGGACUGCAUUAUAUCAAAGCUGCUACCAGUAUCUUAUCUAACUAUAUAUUUGUGUAAUAUAAUCAUUUUUUUUAGCCACAAGACACACCUAGUGAUCAAGAAGAGACAGUUGAACAGGACAGUGCUGGAAAUAAGUCCAAAGUUUAUGUUGCUCCAAAGUUGGCCCCUGUUCACUAUUGUAAGUUUUACCAAAAAUUUUGUUUUUUCGGAAUUAUUUACCAGACAAAAGUGUAUUACAUAAUAUAACCAAUUAGCCCUCAUGAUAGAAAUAAAUUUAAAUUGUUUUCUCCUCUUUAAUGUUCAUUGUAUAGGCCAAAUUUGUACAGUAUUGUUUGUUUGAUUUUGUUAUAAAUCAAUAUGGUGUACUGUCUUAUAUUAUUGUUCACUGUCAUACUUUUUUCAUUAAUAGCGGAUGAUGAAACGGCUGAAGAACGUCAAAAUAAACAAACUGAAAAGAAAAGGAAGCGAGCCAUAAGCUCAGCUAUGUUAAGGGAAAUGAGAGAACAGUACACAGAUGCACCAAUUGAGAUAAUCGUAAGUUUCUUUCAAUAGGCAUGAGGUGGCAAUAAUAACAAAAUGUUCUUUCAGUAUUUGCAGAGUACAUAAAUGUCUAGUCCAUUUUCCCUGGUCAUUUUGAAGAGAGGAUUCAUUUUAAAAAAAGCCCGUCAUGUACCAUACAAAUAAAUGUAUUGCUUUUUCUCUCUCUCUCUCUUUAAUGAGAAAGGAGAUUUUCUCAAUGGAAAGGUUUGAAAACUUUUGUUCAAUUUUAAGUACAAGACAAUUUCAGUUUGUAUAUUUAAAAAAAUGGAAAAUAAAUCCUGGUUUGAUAAAUUCCCUUAAAUAGUGUGAAAAUAAGUUAUUAAUGAAUUUCAUUUAAGUUUGUAUGAAAGAGACUUUUUUUUUGGAAACACAGUUUUUGCAUUUAAGUAGCGGUAAAUAAAAUUGAAAAUGUAAUCCCAUUUCUAUUGUUUCCACCAGGAAUCUCAUGACAUUCACCGCAUUACUGAAAACAGAAAAAUGAAAGAAAAAACAGAGUGAGUUUAAAGCUAGCACUGCCGGAUACACUUUACUUGAAACAUUCUAAUUUAUUUGAAAGAGUUUCCAAUUAAAUUUUCACUUGAUGAAUAUUCUAGACUAAAAUUUGAUUUUAAAAAAUCAUGCUUCUGCUUUACAGUUAAAAACAAUAAAGAUGAACAUACAAAAAAUGGAAUAAUAAUAGAAUAAUAAGCUGAAACUUCUUAUAAGUGUGUUUUCAUAUAUAAUUAUUACAUUUGGAAAUCCAUGCAGCUAAAACACUUUUCCGACGUAUUGAGUUGUUAUCAAGCUUUCACAUAUAGCUGGCUUCAUAUUUCCUUAUUCUACAACCUGAUUUUAAUCUCCCCCAUAUUUUUCUUAAAUGCAGAAUAUAUUUUUUAAAGGAACAGCGCUUCUGAAGAUGUACACUACGUAAUGACAUAAUUGUAAUAUUUAAUCAUUGCUUUUUUUUAAAUUUUAGAUAUGAAGAAAAUAACUUUGUAAGAUUGACAGUUUCCAAGAAAGAUAUGGUAAAGAUAUUUCUAUUUUGUUUAUUUGUGAUAAAUAUAUGACAAAGUACUUAGUACACAUAUCAUAAACAAAUACAUUGCUGAAUGUGCAAAAUAUUAUUUGUAUUUUUUUUGACUUAAUUAUGAUACUAAAUAAAUUGAAGAUACUGCAAUGCACUGGUGCUUCUACAACAAUUAACCAUAAACUCUUGUCCUUAAUAUUCAGGCUGGCAGUAGAAAAAUGGGUACCAUGUCAGCUCUUGGUGCUUUAGCAGACUUCGAUGACUUUGACGGAGAAGGGGAAAGAAAGAAGGUAAAUCCUGUGAAAAGCAUUGGCUGUUACCGUUUUUAAUUAUAUAUAUUUGUCUGGACUAAAGUUUAUUGUCUAUGACAUUUUAUUUUUGUUAAGUUUGUUUUGGAAAAUAGCAUAAAUAAAACAUGAAUUGUUCAGUGCACAAUUUAUGAUAAUUUAGUUUGUAUCAUUUUGACUUCUUAUAAGUUAUAAGACACAAGUGUUCAUUUCAAGUCUCAUUUCAUGAUUAUGCAUGACUUUUCUCAUUAUCUGCUAAACAAAAUUAGUAACAUCCUUAUGUAUAUAUUCCAUUUGCUUUUUCAGGGUGGUCCAGCUAUGAAAAAGAGGAAAGUCACACAUAAAGUAAGAAUCAGUUGUAUAGUUGUUGUUUUUUUAAUGUUUUAAAUAAAAUUAAAUUGGUUUCCUUAAUGUUAAUUAAUACAAAUACAAUACAUAUUUUCACCUUCAUAGAGAUUCUUUCUCUCUUCAUAAAACAAUUUAAUUAUAAUUUAAUGGUACUAAAUGGAAAUUUUGAGGCUUCUAUUCUUUCAUCAGGGCCAUGUACUAUAUUAAAAUUGAAGUUUGUUUCGCCCCCUUUACCAUAUUGCUUAAAAGGAAUGGUGCAGCACUAUGGUGGAGCUGAAUAUUCAUUUGAUAAAUCUAUAAUUUAUUUGGACCUCACCAAAAAUCAGUCUAGGAAACUAUGUUCUUAUUUCUUUUGUUUAUGUGAGAUAUAUUGUUAUAAAUGAACAUAUUUCAAGAUGUAUAAUGAAGUUAAAUAUUUAUGACAAAUAGAUUUUAAUGUAAAUUACAAUUUAUGAAGGAUGUGCAUCUCUGUGUUAUGAAUUCAAUUUUAAUGAUUCUUUAGCAACCAUUCAAAAUUGAAGUGAUUCCUUAUCAAUAUACAUUUUGGCACAAGCAAAAUUUCAUUCUGUAAACUCCGGCCUAAUUCAAAAGCUUAUGACAAUUAGUUAGAAAAAAACAAUGGUCUUUACCUUCAAAUCCCACUGAUUUUGUUAUUUAAAUUCAAUUAUUCACAGAAGCAGAAAGGAAAAAGGUUUAAUAAAAAGGGUAAGUUACUGUAAAUCAAAUUGUGUUUGUAUUCAGUUAAUUGAACAAUCUAGUCUAAAAGUAGUAAAAGAUUGUUCAUUAACUUAAAAUCUAAAUAUUUUAAUAAGUUUAUAAGCAAAGAGUAACAUUAUCCAUAAAUAUAAUCCUCCAACCUUGUAGCAUCUGUUUUGCUUAAGGUAAAACAUUACUCUUUUUUCACAGGUGGCAAGAAAAGAAGGAAAUAAUUAUAUUAUUAGAAUGCUGUGAUUUCCACAAUAAAACUAUUUAAAA